CAUCUGGAGCAGAUAAACACGAUGCGUGCACCGAGAGAUGUUUUCACCUUUUUCGAUCCAGCAAGCAAAGUUUGGAGCGGUCUUGGGGUGCCGUCGCUUUUCAAUCCAAAUCAGAGCCUUGGAGAAUUGGUGUUAACUGUUCUGGAACGGAACUCGAAUAAGGUGGUGCAAAUAUGCGCUGAUACUGGCAGCCGAACGACGGGGAGUGAGUUGCGCAUAAGAGCCAUUCGGAUAGCUUCGAACCUGCAGCAGAUGGGCUAUGGAAGCAACGUUGGAGAAAUUUUCUCGAUGGCCGUAAAAAACGGUGAGCACACGGCUUCGGUGUUGUUUGCCUGUUUCGCAUUAGGUAUUCCGGUCAAUACUCUGGAUCCUUCGUUUCGGCGGGAUGAUCUUAGUCAUAUGCUAGCAAACGUUCGUCCUAACGUUGUGUUUUGUGAAACCGAAACGUUGCAGGAGCUGCUGUCGGCAUGUGACUUGGUUGCACAUAAGCCUAGGAUUAUCGUGAUGGGCGAUAAAGUAGCGGGUUUCGAACAUGUGGAGGAUUUGUUGAUACCUAGCGAUGGCGAAAACUAUUUUGUUCCAGUGCAUAUCUCAGAUCCAUCGAAACAACUAGCAGUGCUGCUGUGCUCUUCUGGAACAACUGGUCGCUCGAAAGCAGUUUCGUUGUCUCAUUCUAUCUGCAUCGCUCAUGUUACAAAUUUCUUUGACUGUCGUCCAAACGAUACUGUAUUUGCCUUCAGUUCCCUCUAUUGGCUUUCGGGACUGGUGAUGCUGCUGGCAGGAACUGUUUGGGGUGCAACUCGAGUUGUAACGUGUAAAACUUUCAGUCCCUCACUGGCAGUAGAUAUUGUUGAACGUCUUCGAGUUUCCGUUGUAUUUUUUCCACCCUCCCAGGCUUUAGCAAUUGCAAACGAUCCCAGUGUCAAAGAAAGCCAAUUUGAGAGCGUUCGAUUGGCAUUCUGUGGAGGGGGACCGGUUUCAGUCAGCUUAAGAAACUCAUUUAACAGAUUGAUUCCUGGUAGAUUGUUAGAGAUUGCCUAUGGACUGACUGAAAUCGGUGGUGCGGUGACGUUUACAAAAGAAGCUUUCGGUCAGAAUGGAUCAGUCGGAUUUGCGAGGCCUGGGAUGGAGGUUAAGAUCCUUGAUGACCACUCAACCACGCUGGAUAAUGGUAUGGAAGGCGAGAUUGUUGUAAGAGCGCCGUACAUAUUUCUUGGAUAUUAUGGAAAUGCUGCAGCUACUGAGGAUAUAUUGGAUGAUGAAGGCUGGCUGCACACCGGUGAUAUCGGGCGUUUUGAUGAAAAUGGCUGGCUGUACGUAGUGGAUCGUAAAAAGGAUAUUUUGAAGUAUGGAAACUUUCAAAUUGCACCCAGUGAGAUUGAAGAUGUAAUCCAAGGUGUUGCGGGAGUAAAGGCAGUAUGCGUUGUGGGAAUUCCGUCUGAAGGCAACGAUCUGCCGGCUGCGCUUGUUGUUCCUUCGGAUAGCGGUUGCAGUCAGAAAGACAUUAUCAUAGAAGUUGAACGCAAAUUGGGAAGCUACAAACAGCUUCGCGGAGGUGUUUAUAUGACUACGAAAUUGCCCAUGACUCCGUCCGGGAAGGUUUUACGACGAGAGGCAAAGUUGAUGGUUUUGAAAAUGAAAGGUGACUAAUAUUGUUUUUUGAAUAUCAUAUGUCAACCAAUUUAUGAAAUGAUACACAACUGUGUAUUCACCGUAUCCAAUAGGGGUAUUCACGUAGCGCUAACUAUGUUACGUAUACGAUGUAUUCCGUGUAUAUCCCAGUCCCAUAUCUCCCGUGUAUAGUCCCAGUUUUUAUGGAGAUGGAACUGUUAUGCGAGUAGCGGCAGUAGAUACACAUAUACGCAAUAUAGCAAGCGCUUCGUUAAUACCCCUAAUAAGACUACAAUGAAGGAUAUUACAAUCAAAAUUUAGGCAAAACAAGAA